UUUAAUUGAGGUCGGAGAUGUUUCUUGUCGUCUUUCAAGCGGUCACACUGGUCGAUGGGGCAAAAACAAACGAUUUGUGAAUAUGCCAAAUUACCAGGAUAUUUAGCGUAAUUGGGCCUUAUCUGCGUGGACCAUGGACAUAGGCACUAUCGAGUUGAGCGUGGAGGCGCUGAUUGGAUCCUUGCUGGCCCUCAGUAUCCUCUUUGCCUUCUGCCGCAGCCUGCUUUCCGAGGACUUUGUGAGCACCUUCAAAACACGUCACAGCUGGAAAUCAAUAAAAGUCUUGGAACAGGCCUGCUUCUGCAACGUGUGCGAGAUCCUGCUAACCCCCUCCGCAGGACUCUUUUGCGACUGCUGUGGACUGUGCACCCAUGCCACGCCCCCUUGCCAGCGGAGGGCGGACAGGGAGUACCGGUGCAAGGACAAGUGGUUGCGCAACGAGUCCACCGUGCGGCACUUGUGGGUGCAUGGGAAUCUGCCUAUGGGAGUGCAUUGUGCCGCCUGCAACGAGGAGGUGGAUCACCAUGUCAGCACCGAUCCGGGAUUAUACGGAUGGCGAUGUGCCUGGUGUCAGCGGUGCUACCAUAACGAUUGCUACACCCGCGCUGACUCCAAGGAAGCCUGCGACUUGGGCGAGUUCAAGGACAUGAUCUUCCCGCCCUACUGCUUUGUGGCCGCCCGAACAAGAGAUUCGAUGCGGCUCCACUUGGCCAGCAUUACGCCGCCAGACAUCGAGAACUGGGAGCCGCUUAUUGUGAUCGCCAACACCAAGUCGGGCAGCAGUACGGGUGCCAAUGUGUUGUCCCUGCUGCGCGGUUACCUGCAUCCACUGCAGGUGAUGGAACUGGGCUCGAGGGGUCCGCAGGACGCCCUGCAGUGGGCCGCCAAAGCCAGUCCUCGCCCGUGUCGCAUACUGGUGGCCGGCGGCGAUGGCACCAUCGGUUGGGUGCUCAAUACAAUCUACACGCUGAAUAUCAAGCCCCAGCCCUCGGUGGCCAUCAUGCCGCUGGGCACCGGCAACGAUUUGUCGCGAGUUCUGGGCUGGGGAGCAGAGCCGCCCUCUGUUCUCGAUCCGGUGAAGAUCCUUAGAAGCAUACGGCGAGCCCGCUCCGUGAAUCUCGACCGCUAUGACCUGCAAAUAGAGAAACUGCACUAUCGACUGCCCAUUCAGAGGCAUCCCACGAAGACGAUUCAUGUGUACAACUAUUUCAGUGUAGGUGUGGAUGCGUAUAUCACUUACAACUUCCACAAGACGCGCGAAUCUCGAUUCUAUCUGCUCAGCAGUCGAAUAUUCAAUAAGCUGCUGUACUUUACCUUCGGAACGCAACAGGUGAUGCAACCUGGCUGCGAACACAUCGAGGAGAAGCUGACCUUGUAUCUGGACAACAAGCCAGUGCAACUGCCUGAGCUGCAGGCGCUGGUGUUCCUAAAUAUCGACUCAUGGGGAGCUGGCUGCAAGCUCUGCGAGCUAAGCAACGCCAAUGGGGAAGUGCGCAUCGUAAACUCCAUCUCCGAUGGUAUGAUGGAGGUGUUUGGCAUUGUUUCCUCUUUCCACAUUGCCCAACUGCAGUGCAAUAUAAGCAAACCAGUGCGAAUUGGCCAAGCCAAGCAAAUAAGGCUACAAGUCAAGGAAACCGUGCCAAUGCAGGCGGAUGGCGAACCCUGGAUGCAGAGUCCAGCGGAUAUUCGCCUUUCCUCGCGCAGUCAGGCCCGCGUCCUCAAGCUGGCUGCAACCUGAACGUAAUAGCUAAUACAGAAUAGAAUCCCUUAUGUGCCAGUCCCUAAUCUCAAAGUACUUAACCUGGAACCUCAAUGUAUACUUAAUCGAAUUCGGUUAGCAUGGCAAGCAAAGACACCCUAGUGGAGAACCGAAACUAGUCGAAAAAUACACGCAAUCGCAUUUGAUUGGCAAUAAUUCGCUUUUAUUAA